AAAUAACAAUAAUAAUCUUGAAAGAGACCAAUACUGAAUUAAAUAUCUACUGGGUAUGUAUUUAAUAUUUACGCUGACAUUUUCUCUCAUACGUUAUACAGGGCAGGGAUUUUCUAAUCCACAUAUUAAAAUUAUAAUAACUUCUAAUUUAUAAUUAUUUGUAAUCUAUAUAUAAUCUUUGCAGGAUUCUAUGCACAACUAGACCAUGGAGAAUGGAUCAGUGGUGAUGUCAUUCAUAUUGAUGGCAUACACUGAAAUGGAAGACCAUAGAUAUCUAUACUUCACAGGUUUCCUGUUAUUGUUCAUCCUUAUGCUAUUGACAAAUAUUAUUCUCAUUACAGUAAUUUACAUUGCAACAGCUCUCCAUGAACCCAUGUACUUUUUAAUGUGUAACUUAGCUGUGAAUGGGAUUUAUGGCUCUAUAUCUUUAUUACCAUCAGUACUUGGCAAUUUAAUGUCUCAUACUUAUGAAAUAUCUCUGACUGCUUGUUUUUUACAGGUCUUUUGUUUACACACAUUUGUUUCAGUUGAAUUUAGUAUUUUAGCCGUGAUGGGCUAUGACCGGUAUGUUGCCAUUUGUCAUCCAUUACACUAUCACCAAUUAAUGUCUCAUAGAAAAGUGUAUGCACUUAUAGCAUUGUGCUGGAUUUAUCCUUUCAUUGUCUUUGGGCUGUAUUUCAUGUUAACUACACAGCGUGUAUUUUGUGAUAGAAUCAUAGAAAAGGUAUAUUGUAUUAACUUUGAAUUAGUAAAACUGUCUUGUUUUGAAACUUCUUUUCAGAGUAAAGUUGGCUUUAUUGUAACUGUUUUUAUAAUUGUUCCCCAGGUCCUCAUGAUAUUAUUUUCCUAUGCACAAAUACUCAGAAUCUGCCUGUCUGCUUCUAAGGAAUCUCAGGCCAAAGCUAUUCAAACAUGCACCCCACACUUACUGUCUGUUAUGAACUAUACAGUAGGAUGCUUUUUUGAAGUUAUCCAGAGUCGUUUCAACAUGAGUCAUGUACCGUAUAAAGCUCGAAUAUUCCUGUCCCUACACAUGGGCAUAUUUCCCCCAUUGUUAAAUCCUGUAAUUUAUGGAAUUACUAUUCAAGUCAUUAGAGUUCAGAUUUUCAAACUGUUCUUUACUUGUAAAAAUAGGUUGUCUACACAGUAGUUGAU